AUGAGCGAUCCCCAUGAUAAGUCUCCUCAGGACAAUUAUAGUCCCUUAAAGACCGAUGAAACUGCCUCAAUGUCACCACUGUUUUUAGAUUCCAAGACCAAGAAAGCUAUGGAAUCCAUUGCUCCUAUCCUAGAAAGCUUCGCACCAAAGACUUCUGCCUCUGAGAACACUUCUCUGAAAUUGCCCCCACCGGGUAUCCCAGAUUCUGGACAAGAGGAAAAUGUAGAAGCAACUUUACAAAGAACUUUUAGUAUCAAUUCACAACCAAGUGUAGGACCCCCAACUUGUAAAUCAAGAUCUUCUUCAGAACUGCUGGAUCUGGAAAGAGUUAAGAGUAAUUCAUCCCAAGGGACAUUGAACCAUCAUGAAGCGUCCGAAAUUUUAUUGGAUGCUGAAUUAGAAGCCAAUAAUGGUGAGCCAGCCUCGAUUCCCCAGAUUUUGACAGAAUUUUCAGUACCUCCACCGAACCAAGACACUAGUGGAUCUCUAGCGUCCUCUCCCCACAUUGGGGGAUUCAGCAGGAAAUCAUCAACCGCUAAAGCACAGUUACCUAAGAUCGGUAAGAUCGGUGUCUGUGCUAUGGAUGCUAAGGUACUAUCAAAACCCUGUAGACACAUUCUAAACCUUUUGAUCGAACAUGGUGAAUUCGAGACUGUUAUAUUUGGUGAUAAAGUCAUUUUGGAUGAAAAUAUCGAAAACUGGCCAACCUGUGAUUUCUUGAUCUCUUUCUUCUCUACUGGUUUCCCCUUGGACAAGGCAAUUUCGUACGUGCAGCUACGCAGACCAUUCAUUAUUAACGACUUAAUUAUGCAGAAGGUGCUUUGGGACAGAAGAUUGUGUCUACAACUGUUGGAAUCCGCAAACGUUCCCACGCCGCCCAGAUUGGAAAUCACUAGAGAUGGUGGGCCAAGAAUCGAUGAUAAAUUGAGGGCUAAGUUGCUUGAGCGUAACGUCGAGGUUAAACCAAUUGAAGAACCAGAAUGGAGGAUGGUUGAUGAUGAUACUUUGGAAGUGGAUGGGAAAGUGAUGUCUAAACCAUUCGUUGAGAAGCCAGUUGACGGUGAAGAUCACAACAUUUAUAUCUAUUAUCAUUCCAAGACCGGAGGGGGUGGUAGACGUUUGUUUCGUAAAGUUGGCAAUAAAUCUUCAGAAUUCGACCCUACUUUAGCAAGUCCAAGGACUGAAGGUUCGUACAUCUACGAAGAGUUUAUGGAUACCGAUAAUUUCGAAGAUGUUAAGGCAUAUACCGUGGGUAAAGAGUACUGCCAUGCCGAAACCAGGAAGUCCCCGGUAGUGGAUGGUAUCGUGAGAAGAAACACUCACGGUAAAGAGGUUAGAUACGUCACAGAACUUUCUAAGAAGGAAAAGGAGAUUGCUCAUAAUGUUUCCAAGGCUUUUUCCCAAACCAUAUGUGGGUUUGAUUUACUACGUGUCUCAGGGGAAAGUUAUGUGAUCGACGUCAAUGGGUUUUCCUUUGUCAAAGAUAACAGUUCGUAUUACAACUCAUGUGCAUCAAUUCUUAGAGAAACGUUUAUUCAAGCUAAGAAGGCAAUGGAUAAACAAAAUCGUUUGUUGCCUGCCAUUCAAGAGGAGAAAACUCAAAAGUGGGUCUUUAAAGGUUUGGUUACGGUGAUUAGGCACGCAGAUAGAACUCCUAAACAAAAAUUCAAACACUCUUUUACGUCACCAAUUUUCAUUUCUUUGCUCAAGGGACACAAGGAAGAAGUUGUCAUUAGAAAUGUUAACGAUUUGGAAAUCGUUGUACAGGCAUUGAAGAUCGCUCAGGAAGAGAAUGCGGAAGAUCCUGCCAAACUAUCAGUGCUAUCCAACGCAUUGGAGAAAAAGCUAACCCUUCCUGGUACUAAGAUCCAGUUGAAACCUAUCGUGAAUUCCGAAAAUGAAGUCGAGAAAGUUCAAUUUAUCCUCAAAUGGGGAGGUGAACCUACUCAUUCAGCUCGUUAUCAGGCAACUGAUUUGGGUGAGCAGAUGAGGCAGGACUUUGAUCUGCUCAACAAAAACAUUUUGAAAAAUAUAAGAAUUUAUUCAUCUUCAGAAAGAAGAGUCCUUCUAUCGGCUCAACUUUGGAAAGAAGCAUUGUUUGGUGAGGAUGAACUAAGUAGCGACGAAAUUAGCGUCAGAAAGGAUUUGCUAGAUGACAGUAAUGCUGCUAAGGAUCUUAUGGAUGAAGUCAAGAAGAAGCUGAAACCACUCUUGAGACAAGGAAAGGAACCACCUCAACAAUUUGCCUGGCCACCUAAGAUGCCACAGCCAUAUUUUGUGAUCAAACGUGUUGUUGAAUUAAUGAAUUAUCAUAGAAAGAUCAUGCGUCAUAACUAUGCCACCAAGAACGUCGAAGAGAUGCAAUCCAGAUGGUGUUGUAAUGAAGAUGCCAGUCUAUUCAAGGAAAGAUGGGAAAAAUUAUUUAAUGAGUUUUACAUUUUGGAUAAGGUUGAUCCUUCCAAAAUCUCUGAACUGUAUGACACCAUGAAAUAUGAUGCUUUGCAUAACCGUAAAUUUUUGGAACAUAUUUUUGAUCCUGGCGAAUUGGCAGAUGAAGAGAUGGGUAACCAUUCACUCGUGGAUCGUUAUCCAAUUAACGUGCUAAUGAAGAAUAAUUUCAAAAUUGUGGAAAACAAUGGGACCCAUCAUGGUAAGAAACCGGGAAACAGCGUCGGUUCCCUCGGUUGGGUUGUAGAGAGUGGGAAGACUAGUCAUCGUUCUUCUAAAUCAUCUUCACCAUUCGAUGAUUCGAGAUUUAUGCAAUUUAGGGAGCUUUACAAGUUGGCUAAAGUUCUUUUUGAUUUCAUUUGCCCCAAGGAAUACGGUAUUUCAGAUUCUGAAAAGCUAGAUAUUGGACUACUAACAUCUUUACCGCUAGCCAAGCAACUGUUAAACGAUAUUGAUGAUAUGAAGAACAGAGAGGAACCUGCAUGUGUAGCAUAUUUCACCAAGGAAUCCCACAUUUACACUUUGCUCAAUAUUAUCUAUGAAUCCGGAAUACCCAUGAGAAUCGAUAGGAAUGCUCUACCAGAAUUUGAUUAUUUGUCGCAAAUCAAUUUUGAAUUGUACGAAAGUACAGACAGUGCAGGACAAAAGACACAUUCUAUCAGACUGAAGAUGUCCCCUGGUUGUCAUACACAAGAUCCCUUGGACGUCCAAUUAGAUGAAAAACACUACAUCAGCUGUAUCCCACGUAUAUCGUUAACCAAGCACUUAGAUAUGGAUUACGUUCAACAGAAGUUGAGGAACAAGUUUGGAAGAGUCAUCAUGCCCCCAAAAUUUACGCCUGUGAACAUUACAAGUCCAAAUUUAACAUUCCGCAAGGACUACAUGGGUUCAGCUGCCACUACAGUGGAUUCAUCACAGAAAUCAAAGAAAGAGGAGGAAAAAUGA